AUGUCGAGUUUUGGUCGAUGGAACUCGAGGAACUUUUUGAUUUUUCUCACAUUUUUGCUGAUCUCCGGAUUGAACGCAGACGAUAAUGGUAAGUGUUUGGAUGGAUUUUUGGUUUGCUUGUUUUAGACGAGCUCACAAGCUGUUAGAAAAUAUUUAUUUUGGAGGUAUUUGAAACAUUCUUUGCUAUUUACUGGCCAUUUUCUUUAAGGGACCUUUUGACCUGACGGUGAAUAUAGUUUGGGGUGAAACUGAGUCGCUAAAUAGAUUUGAUACCUAAAAUGGAUUGUUUCGGUUGGAUUAUGCCCUAUUCUUGCUGUUUUAUAGCUUUCAGCCCUGAAAUCGUUAAUUUUGGCAAUUUUUUGGAUAUUUUACUUAUUUUGGGUAUCGAGAUUUGUUUUUUGUCGAAAAUAAGGUGAACUUUAUGGAAUUUGAACCAGUUUUUAGCUUUAUAAGGUGUACCGCAGAAUAUUCUCGUGGCUAGAACUGCAAACUUUUAGUAUCUCGUCGAGUUAUAUUAUCUUAGACCAGUUUUCCAUCAGGUGACCUAGUGCAAUAUAAUUCUUCGAAUUUUUGACAAUUUUCUGUUGUUUAUUGAGGAACUUAUGCUUUCUUAGCCUUCAGCAGCCCUUUUAGUCUUUAUUAUUUUUCAAUUUACCUAUGGUUUCCCGCCUGUUCAUCUAAAUUUAUUCAAGCGAAAAAAGCCAAAUGUCAAGAAUUAGUGAUUUACCUCCACGAAAGCCCUAAUUAGGUCUAGCCUUGUUUCACCUGGCCGGAGAGUGUAAUCGGAGGCGUUCGGGUGGACAUAAAUUUCGAAAGGAUUAGUCGGGUUGAUCUGCAAAUUACCGAGAUUUGGGUGUAAUUAGAUGGUCUCGAUCAAGAUAGAUUAAGCUGGAGGCUGAAGUUUCAGCCGUUUUUUGAGACGAAAAAAGCUCUAAAAUCUUUGUCGAUAUUACAAUUUGUCGGUUUUUACAACCUGGACCGUUUUAUACGAUGAAACAUGUUUCGUCGUAUAAAAUGUCUCCAGCGACUAAAAUUCGAGAAUUAUUGACUGCGUUUGGUCUGGUUAGCUUUAUUAUCGCCAAACCUGUUAUUAAAUCCGAAUUUUUGAUUGUUAUUUGCUGAAAAGAUUAGCUAGUGCGAGAUUGCACUGUGCAUUGCGCAACAUAAUCCCGAGAAUUGCAAUUUGAUCGACUUUGUGGUGCAUCUCAGAGGUUUAUUGUGUCGAGAUUUUGUGAUUGCGUCCUUGCAAAGUGAAAAAUAGAUUGUCGAAAAAUUUCGAAAUUUUAAAAAUUUCACUUUGGUCCCCCCUCCCCUUAUCAUAUAGAAACAAUUUUUUUUAGGGUACCCUGGUCUUCUUAGAAUGAUUCUAAAAAGUUUUCACCAGUAUUUUUUUCAGUUAUCCUCGAAGUUUGCGAGGGAGAACUGGCCCAUCUCGCCUGCCCCCAAGAAGAUACCGUAAUCUCCGUUUUGAUCGCGAAUUUUGGACGAUUCGCCUUGAACACAUGUAACCCAACGUUCCGUGAGGGCCUCAACACCCUCUGCGGCAACGAUCGGACCAAACCGAUCUUGGACGAACUGUGCAGCGGCCAAAAUAGCUGUAAUUUUACGGCGUCGGCUAAACUUUUUGGCGACGCUUGUCCAGACACGCCGAAAUAUAUCGAAGUUCAGUAUAGUUGUAUUCCUGCGACUACUACUGGUGAGUUGACAGCGAUUUUUAGCAAUUUUGAAAAAAAAAUUUUUUAAUUUUUGAGCGAACUUUUUCAAAUUUUUUUGGUUAUUUUGGCUAUAAAUCACUCCAAAAGUAUCACAAAAGUGAUUUUAAUUAAUUUACGGCCUUUAUUUUGACUAAUUUCCCUUAAUCUCCCCAUUAAAUUGUAAUCUGACCCGGAAAAACCACAAAAAAGGCCGAAAAAAACAAAUUAUACCCCCGACAAAAAGUUCCCCUCAUCUUCGGAGAGGACAAUAGCACAUGAGGACCCUGUUUGUAAAUUCGAUUCCACAUGAAUUGAGUCGGCAUUCAGUAAUAAGAGCGUUCUAAUCGUUUCCCGUUUUGCAGCUGCCCCAACUACAACACCAGCGCCGGGUGAGGAGGCUGCGCCCGAGGAUUACGAUGGGAGUGGGGUCAGGAACUCGGAUAAGGUUGGAUACACGGUGUAAGUUGGGAUUCUGAAGAAUUUUUUGGAUUUUUUUUGUCGGGUGUCAUGUGCAAGAUAAAUUUGAGCGUUUUUGAUGGAUUUCGGUUAAAUUGAAGGUUAAAAUUAGCGUUUAUAUGGAGAUUGGAGUAUUUAAUUUUAUAGGAAUCAUGCCUUGGGGUAUUUUUUAUAUUGUUUUUGACAUAAAAUAUCAGUUUUUUCAAAAUCAUUGACUUGAUGUCAAGUAUAAGAUAAUUUUUGUGAUUUUUUGAAGAAAUUCGGAACGAAAAUGUCAUUCAAAUUGUAGCUGAAAGUAUUUGUUAUCGAAUUGAGGAGUUUGGCAUUGCUGUUAUAUUGUUUUUGCCGUCAAACAUCAGUUUUUUAAAAACCUUCUAUCUAAUGUCAAGUAUAAGAUAAUUUUUGAUUUUUUCAUGUAUAACCUGAAGGAAAAUUGUAUUAGAAAUUUUUCUUGAGGCAUUUCGCUUCAACUGUAAGCAGGUUUAAUCCAUUUGAGGUCAAAAAUUCAUACAAACCAUCACUUUUCCCACUUGAUGUCAAGUACAAUAUAAAAUUCCCAAUUUCAGUACCAACCCCCAUUCCCUUGACCAUCCCCACUUGCAAGAGGUCCAGAACACAGCCUGUGCCGCCGAAUAUGACAGUGUUCGCCUCCUGCAAUGGCCUCAGAUCAAGCGCAAUGAGCUGGCAAAGGCGGCGUGUCCAGUAGAUUACAAAGGCGUCGCGAAACGCCGCUGCAACGACAACGGCUUCUGGGAGCGGAACGCCGACCUCUCCGAAUGCGUCUCCGACGCGAUUAUCAAGUUCAAAGACGACAAUGAACAAUAUUUCGCGGCGGAUUCGCUUGUCCCAGCGUUCAUUCAUCAGGAAUUGAAAAGUUUGGUGACCUCCUCGUUGGUGGCCGGAGAUCUCGUGAAAAUCUCCCUGUUAUUGGAGAGAAUCCAACUCCAUAAUUCGCGAAAUGAUGUCUCCUUGAAUAGAGAGGAACUCAGCGACACGGCAAAGGUAAAUUUUUGGAAUUUGAAGCCGUGGAAGACAAGUUAUACGAUGAAAAAUUUUGGUCGAGAUUUUUGGGAAAAUUUUGCGAUUUUCGACCGGAAAAGCGAUGGUAUUUCAAAUUUUUUGGAUUUUGAGAUAAAGUAGAGGGUCUGAAAUAGUAGAGAGAGUAAUAAUUUUUUGAAGAUUUUGCUUUGUUCCGGCUGAAAAUGAGAUUUUUUUGAAUAUUUUGAGGCCUUUUUUCAAAUUUUGAUCCUCAAUUUUUUCCAGGACACAAUUCAAACAGUCAAUGGGGUGCUGGGCAUGCGAAUUGCCUGGCUGGAUCUCCCCUACGAACUGCAGAGGUCCACCGCAUACCGCCUUCUCAGGACAAUCCAACGAACACUGAACAAUGCCGCGAAAUCUGUCCCCUUUCCCGACACAAUUCGCGCCCCAUUUGUGGCCAGACCCUAUGUGAUCGGAGCUAUUUCGGUCCUCAGACCGAUUUCUGACAUUGAAUUCCCAUACUUGGAGAGGUUUGAUGUGGAAGAUCGGGCCUUGUUUGGAUUGAUGGAAGAGGCGAGAAGAUUGGAGGGUAAGCAGUUGGAAUUGAGUUGUUGUUUUUGAAAUUUAGGCGGAAUAGAGAGAGCAGGACCUGUUUGUGGUCUUGAAAAAAGAAAUUGAAGAAUUUGGAAAAGUUUGAGAUUUUUGGUAUAUUAGUUUAGACGAUUUUUCUGUAAAAAGUGGGUGGUAAAAAGGUAAAUUAGGGGUGAAUGGGAUGAUUAGUAUCUAAAUGAGGUGAUGAACGAGGAAUUUGUGAUAUUUGACCAAAAUUGAGGAGGUCGGUAUAUUACUUUGGGUUAUUUUGAAGAAAAUUUUGAUCUUCGAUAGGUAAAUUGAUGUCAUACAGGAUAAUUAGAGCGUAUGUAAGAUGAUAGAAAAGGAAUUUCGGGAAUUGGGUGGGAAAUGAGAGAUUGGGGAUAUUACUUUAGGUGGAUGUUACUUUAGCCGAUUUUGAUAUCAAAGCGGCCUUUUGAGAUCUUGAUUUUUGGUAAAACAGAGAGUAAAUAAGAUGAUCAAGAUGCUAGAAAAAGAAAAUUUGAAAUUUUUAUAUAUUUCAAUAACUUAUUACCUUAUUUUAGACAGCUUCGAGAUCGCCUAUUCCUCGGUCGCAAAUCUCGCCCCAUUCAUUGUGCAACCGCACCACCAUCUCACCGAAGGCAACCCAGAGCGAGAAGACUGCUCAAGAACAGUGAUUUCGAAUAUUAUCAGCACCUACGCGGCCCGCAGAACCCAUUCUUCCCAAAAAUCCCCGAUUUUGACCGAAAUCCCGAUGGUUUUGAGUUUUUCCACCAAAAAAUCGGCCAAUUUCCCCUACCCGUACUGCGCAAAAUUCGAUCAAGACGCUGAGGACUUUGUCUACGACCAGAAUUGUGAAAUGCUGGUGCAUAAUGAGACCAAAACCAUCUGCCGAUGCAAAGGAGUGGGCCAUUUCGCGGUGAUUUCGUCGACCUGCGAGGUAAAAGUGAGUGUUUGUGGUGAUUUGUUUUUGUUUUAUAUUGUAAAGGGCUUGAGAAGCUUUGGGGGAGCUUUGUAGGUUGUAAGGAUGGAGAUUUUUUUGUUUUGAGCAGCUUUUUAUAUUGUUUUAGACAAGAAAUUACAAUUUUUGAAAAUUAAAAAUUUUUUUGAUGGUUUUUGUGGGCGGUUUGGAGUGAAAUGGAAAGAAGAGGAUGGGAGAAAAAGUUUAAGGUCGAAUUGGAAAUAAAGAGGGGCUCUGGAUAUUGUUUUAGACAAGAAAUUUGGAAUUUAGGCCGGUUUUUUGAUUUUUUUUUUAAUUUUUUGGAUUUUAUUAGGUAAAAAGGUGUUUAAUUGGUUUUAAUAUAUAUUACACGACCUCUAAUUUAUUUGGGAAGAAUUUGGUGGGGUUUGGAUAUUAUUUUAGACCAAAAAAUUUCAAAAUCUUGGGAUUUUUUCAAAAAUUUUAGAUUUGUUUGUGUUUUUGAAAAAAUAUUGCGGUAUAUGGCCUUUGAAUAUGUUCUAUGUUGCUUUUUCGAUUUUUUUGGGAUUUUUUUACAAAUUUUUUGUAAUUUUUGCAAUUUUGAGGUGAAAUUUUCAAAAAAGUUUUUUUUUUUUUUAAUUUCCCCAUUUUUCAGACUGUUUUCUUUGGAUUCAACACAGAAACGAUCGCUCUGUACGCCUCGAAUGUGAUCGCCCUGAUUGGAUUGACCGUUUUUCUCAUCGGACUGAAAUUGUCCGAGUCCAAAAAACCCAAUUUGAUCCCCAAAAACUUUUCCACCGCAAUUAUCGCGCUGGAAAUCCUGUUGACGGCCUGGUUCGCUCUUCCGAAAAACUCCACGAUCACCGUAUUUACCGUUUAUUUGAUUCAAUUCACCGGCCUUGUCGCGGUUUGUUGGCUUCUGGUCCAACUUUUCGUCCUGGCCCACACAAUCAUGAGGAUUUUUGGGAAUGAAACCCCCAUUCAGAAGAAUACCGGCAUGUAUUAUUUGGUGGGAUAUGGUAAGUGGAAGUUUUGGAGAGAAUUUUUUUUUGAAAAGAAUAUUUUUUUGGUUUUUGCACUAUGCGGUUACGAUUUUUUUGCACUGUGCAAUCAAGAUUUUGUUUUCGCACGGUGCAAUCGAAAAAAUUUUUCGCACUGUGCGGUUUGAAAUUUUUUUGCACUGUGCAAUCAAAAAAAAAAUCGCACAGUGCAGUUAAAAUUUUUGCACGGUGCAGUUAGAAAUCUUUAUCGCACUGUGCAAUCAAAAAAAAUUUUGCACUGUGCAAUCGAAACUUUUUUGCACGGUGCAAUCAAAAAAAUUUUUCGCACAGUGCAAUCGAAACUUUUUUUUUGCACGGUGCGGUUAGAAAUUUUUUUGCACUGUGCAAUCAAAAAAAUUUUUCGCACAGUGCAAUCGAAACUUUUUUUGGCACGGUGCAAUCAAAAAUUUUUUCGCACUGUGCGGUCGAAUUUUUUUUGCACAGUGCAAUGAAAAGAUUUUUUUGCACAGUGCAAUCAAAAAAUUUUUUGCACUGUGCGAUAAAAUUUAAGUUUAAAAAGUUCUGGGAUGCAUUUUUCAGCGUCGAUUUACAUUUUUAGAAAAUUUAGUGACUAAUUUGUCGUAUUUUAGCCGUCCCCGCCCUCAUCACCGCCCUUUCGGCCGCACUGUGCGGCAAUUUCCACAUGGCCCUGCAAGGCCGUCAGAAAUUGUGGACCCCGCCGCUGUGGAACUGUCUCUCCCCUCUACUCGUGAUCAUCAUCGUUCAAAGCGUUUUCGUCAUCACAAUUGUGGCAUUGUUGUGCAAACAUCGCCGCGUGGGAUACGAACCUUGCCGCAAUGACGCCGGAAAAGUGAGAGCCGUCCGAAAAACGCUCUACCAGACCGCCCCAUUCUUGUUGAUUGUGAAUUUCCUGGUCUCAGCGACAUACAUGUUCGUCACGAAGUGGACUGCACCCUGCAUGUGGACCGUUGUAAUCGCGAAUUCCAUUUUGGCAAUUUAUACGCUGAAAAGCUUUUUGAUCAAAGGACAGGUAAGAAGUGGACUUGAAAAGGUGGUAAAGGCAAUUUUGGGGUGUUGUAGGACGAAAAAAAUUCAAUUUGGGAUUUUUGGUAAAAAAAAAAUUUUUUGAAAAUUUUGUUUUUUUUGGAUUAUAAUCGCAAAAUUUGGAUAAAUAAAGGUAGUGUAAUUAUUUUGGAGGUGUUGUGAGCGUAGAACAUUAAAUUUGAGAUUUUUUGAGCAAAAGUUUUUUUGGGGUUUUUUUUAAUUUUUUUGGGAAUUUUUGCUUCUAGAUGAUGUGGAAUUUUGAUUAAUAGUAAGAAUUUGUUUUUUCGACAUGAAUUUUAUGAGAUUUUUUGAGUAUUACCUAAAAUUAAAAAAAUUUUUUCCAGACCUCAUUCUGCCGAAAGUCGAAGAAUUUCGGAGCCACCGACUUCCCCAAGGACUCCAUUUUCUCCCCAGCGGUCCAAGCCAGAGGCUCAGUGCCCAACAUCCACUGUUGCGAACCGAAUUACUCGACCAAAUCCACCUCCAUCGUGCAGUACAUGGAGGACGGCCCGAAAACGAUGGCCAUCCCCGAUUUCCACGCCCUCCAUUGCCAAACCCAAGCCUAUGUCGCGACCCAGGGCGGCGUACACGACGCCCACUACUGCGACCACACGUACGCCACGAUCCCGGCGGAUUAUUGCGGCUUCUACGCGCAGCACUACCAGCAGAACCCAGUGCAAUAUCAUUCGGCUCAAUUGCCCCCAUAUCCCCCGCCCCCGGCCCCCGAUUCGUAUGGAUGCCAGAUGCAGAAUUAUGCAGCCUACUUUCAGCAUCCCGGCCAGAGAAUGAUGUGCAUGCAUGAGGUAAAAAUUUAGGUUUUUUGGGAGCAAGUGGAAUAUAGAAGUGGGUCAUGGAAAGUCGUAAAUUUUUGGAUGUUUUGGGAGAAAAUUGGAUGUGAAGUGGAUAGAUAAGGCUGUAGUAAGAAUCAGAGAGUGAGAAUAAUAUUCUUAUGCUAUUUGCGAUAGUGGUUUGGCACUAGUUUUUUGAAACUUCAGAUUUUUUUGGAAUUUUGAUGUCUAAUAUAGGAUUGAGAAAAAAUUUAUUUUUAAAGGGAACUGUUUUAAUUUUUUGAAUGUUAGGUGUAGUAGAGGAAUGGUAAUUUAAUAUUACGGCUUUUUUUAGAUGCUCUCCAGUCGAUUUUUUGGAGAAAAUUUGAUUUUGAUAUUUCACUUGACAUUUUGAUGUCUAAAAUAAUAUCGAGCAAAACUGGUAUUUUCGACUAGAAUUAUUGAUCUCUUUGACUUGUAAUAGGUAGUAUAAGGCCUCUAGUUUCCUAGUAUAUCUUUGGUUUGUUAUUUUUUGUUCGAAUUUUUACCGAAUUUUCGAUUUCAGUGCCAUCCCCCACCAUCCCCGAUCUGCAACGAACACGGACAUCGCUGCCCGUCGCUGGUCGGACUCCGAACCCCAUCUCAACUCCAACACAAGCCCUCGUCUGCAUCAGCGUCCAACGUGUCCUCCGGGUCGCCCUACGAGAGCGCAAGGUCCUCCUCGACCGCUACCGGAUCUCAGUUUAGCAACUCCACUCAAGGCACGACCACCGCCCUUUUGCGCAUGGAUAUGAGUCGAAAUAUGCCCGUGUUCUUCGAUGAAAACAGCUCCUAG